UGGCUCUCCGUUAGGAGUUUGUGGUAAUUUUAAACAAGAAGUAAUAAAUAUUUAUUACGGCUUUUUAUUACACUCUAGGCUACUCCACCUCUUGCGAAUAUAAAACGCUUUAAAACUGGACUUACAUCUGACAUUAAAUUUGACAUUGACAAUUAGACAAAAACAUUUUUUUUGACAGUAGUUUUAGAAAUUAUUUUAUUUUUUAACAAUCUGUAUUAAUUAAUUAAAUUUAAGGCAAUUAGAACAAAAUCCGGCCAUAUUAUUCCAAUACUAAUUACUCAAGAUUGCAUGCAUUUAUUUGAAGCAUUUUUCCUCAAUUCCAAUUAGCCAAUAAUGUAUCGAUUUUAAUUGAUCACUUUGUGCAAUAAUAGAAAGUGCAAUAAUUAGUCAUCGAAUCAAAUGAAUUGUUCCUAGAAACACGAUUAAAAUCAUUAUAAAUGAUGGCAAAGUCUCCCGAAGAAGUGGUCUUCGAAGGGUGGCUCACCAAAUCGCCACCGACCAAAAGGAUAUGGAGGGCAAGGUGGAGAAGAAGGUGGUUUUUGCUAAAGCAUUCUGGUGAUAUUCCUGGACAGUAUGUUUUAACAUAUUAUACAGAUAGAAACAGGAGGAAACUUAAGGGUGUGAUUGAUCUGGAUCAUUGUGAACAGGUUGAUCUUGGACUAAAACUGGAAGAAAAAAACUUAAAAUUCGAUCAUGUCUUCGAUAUAAAAACCCCAAAUCGUACUUAUUAUUUAGCAGCAGACACCGAGGAAGAAAUGAAAUCUUGGGUAAAUUGUAUUUGUAAAGUGUGUGGCCUAAAAUCCACAAACGAAGAUGAAGAUGUGGGCAUGGCAAUGAAUUCAAAUGAAGUUGAAAUAAGGAAGGAAAAAAAUGCAGUAGCUCAAGUUAGUGAGACUCCCCCUAUUUCGCCGGUUAGCACAAGUCCUUAUAUUCCUAUAUCGGAAUGUAUAACAGGUAAAUCACCUAUAUUCGAUCCAAAAGACUUCAAAACCCUCUUGGAGUACAAUCAAAGAAACAGCGCACGCUACAUCGCUCAACAUACAAACGACUCCUACGAAUACCACCCCCAAAACAGUUACGUCAAUUUGAACAAAGACCCCGAACGCAAUUACGUCAACGAUCCGCAAGAUCCUCGAUUCUACGAUUGCCCCAGACCUUUGGGCCAGCACAAGGCCAGCAAAGAACAUUCGCCUUUGCGCAGCCCUGCCGAUUCCGAUAGCGUUUUUCACGACGAGGACUGGCAACAAAGGGAAACUGACGCUUCGAAACAAUCACGUGAUAGUUCUGUGGAUUUGGAUGGCGGUAAAAAAAUCGCCAAAGGGGCGGAGGGGACUUUGCCGCCGCCUAGACCUCCAAAACCACCACAUAUUACUCCUCCUACGCCAAGUUACUUAAAUUUAACUCCCACGCCUCCUACAAAAUUAAGUAAGGAAAACGAAGACAGAUCUAAGGGGGCCAUACCAAAAGUCUUUUCGGAUGAUAUGUACGAUUUUCCUAGAUCGCACAACAUCGACACCGAAUCAACUAAGGGCACGUUACAAAGAAGACACUGUUACAACAAUGCAGCUCCUGUAAAAUGUGCUGAAGGCACUGUAUUUUGUUAUGACAUUUCACCAAAACCUGGCCCAAGUACAUCUGUUACUUCUGUUUUCCGCUAUGACUUAGAAGCCACCCAGGAAUACGAACCUUCUUCACCAGCACAUUCGCACACUUCAUCGACUGCAGCCUAUUCGAAUCUUCCAAGUCCAGCAUUAGCUGAAUCUGCCCAGUUGAUGCCUCCUCCAACUGUAAACAGAGAAUUAAAACCAAGAAGAAAACUGUCAGAUGCACCGUCGACGUCUUCAACUACCGAGCCACCUUCUCCCAGGACCCAAGCGCCUUCUGUUGAUAGAAAGCUUAAGCCCCCCACGCCCUUGCAAGAGGCAAGUAGGAGAAAAUCUUUUCAUUUGCCUGACGAGGAUGGGGCGAGGAAAAUUCGUGCAGCUCCUAGUCCCACGCCGCCAGGCCUUAUGGAUAAUUUGUAUCAGAACCAAGGGGAAGUUUAUCUUUAUAUUAGUAGAAAAAUGCAAUAUCUUGAUUUGGAUCUCGAAGGCACGUCGUCUGGUGGCAAAACUUUAUCAAAACCUAACGAGAGCGAUACGGUUUAUAAAAAAGUGGAUUUUAUUAAAACUGAAGCCUUCAACAUCACUAGGAAUAAUUUAGAGAAAGAAAGACAAGAACCGGUUACCACGUUUGUUAAGAAAUAAUUAACUGCAAUAUUUUAACAUAUUUCUAAAUUUGACACAACAUUUUAAUGUUAAGUAUAAACUUGUGCCUUUGCAUUGUGCCUGUCUGAAGACAAAUUUUAGACAAUCAUUAAAUUUUAAUGUUAUUUAGGAUUAUAAAUAUAUUGUUGACUAUUGAAUUCAAAUUGUUCCUUCUAGGAAACGACGAAGAUAAUUAAAUUUGUUGUUCGGUUUUGUUGCAGUGAAAGCAUUUUGUUAUUACGUACUUGUAUUUUUAUAUAGUUCAAAUUAUUUUUUAAAUGUGCCUUUUUUAUAUACAACCGACAAAGUUGAAUUUUUAUAUUAUUAUUGUAUAUUUUGCCAAUUUUUAAUAAAUACCUGAUAGAAAAGGUAA